GUCUUGAAUUUCUCGUACUACGUGCAUUAUGGAUCGUAUCGAAAGAUUUAUAUCAGGGAGUUGAACGUCAGACACAUGAUCAAACUAGUUGUAGCGAAGUUGUUUUAAUAGCAGCGUUUGCCGCUACAUUUUAUAUGUCGAAGAAUUUUAUGAUGGGAAUGCAGAGCAGAGAAUAA